GCUGUGUAGUAUUUGUUUAAACGUUAAAGCGCACACAACGCCAAGCAGUUCACUGCGGAUCAACAGGUGUUGUUAGUUGAAUAAAUCCUCCAGCAGCGGCGUAUUAAAAUUCGAUUUUAUUUUAUGUCAAUAAGACUUUAUGUGAAGACGUGCGUGUGUUUUCUGCGAAGCCUGCAAUAAGCCAAUAAUCGUCGCAAAGGUACAAAGAAAAUCCCGUUAACUUGAAAUUUUAAUUAAUUUGCGACAAGUGCUUGAAGCAGUUUAAAUUUAAAUUGAUAAAAAAUAUUUGUGGAACGAGUGUAAUUUUUGUUGGAAAUUCUACAUAAAUAUUGAUAAGAGAAAAUCACUGCCGGAAGUUAACUACAUACAAAAUAGUACUACGUUCAAGCGCAUAACCAGCCAUGCCAGCUAAAUUUGAAUACUCACUGGGCAUAGAUGAGCUAAAGUCAAAGACGCAUCGCCUUUGGCAGGCGCUCAUAGCCGAAUUUUUAGGCAAUUUCCUCUUGAACUUCUUUGCAUGCGGCGCGUGUACCCAACCCGAGGAUGGUACGUUUAAGGCGUUCGCUUUUGGCUUGGCGGUUUUCAUAGCGAUUACGGUUAUUGGCAAUAUUAGCGGUGGUCACGUUAAUCCUGCCGUGACAGUUGGUUUGUUAGUAGCGGGACGUGUAAGCGUUUUACGUGCCGUGCUCUAUAUCAUAUUCCAAUGUUUGGGCUCCAUCGCCGGCACGGCAGCCAUUCGUACCCUCAUCGAUGAGGUGUACUACAAUGGCUUGGGUCACACACAUCUAACCCCAAAUAUUACCGAGCUACAGGGGCUCGGUAUUGAAUUCUUUUUGGGUCUAGUGUUGGUGCUAACCGUAUUUGGCGCUUGUGAUGCUCAUAAACCAGACUCCCGCUACACCGCCCCACUCGCUAUCGGUCUCUCCGUGACACUCGGUCACUUGGGCACCAUUCGUUAUACCGGUGCCAGCAUGAAUCCGGCACGUACUUUGGGCACUGCCUUCGCUGUCGACAAUUGGGAUGCACACUGGGUGUACUGGGUUGGACCCAUACUGGGUGGCAUCGCAGCUGCGCUCAUCUACACACAAGUGCUGGAGAAACCACUGCUGCAGACCAGCGUCAAAGUGAUUGAGGUGUCCGAGAAAUAUCGGACACACGCUGAUGAGCGUGAGAUGAGAAAACUGGAUAGUGCACGUGAUUACGCUUAAAUACAAAUAUACAAAUACAUACAAACAACACAAAUAAAUGAAAUUAAUAUGUGUCAAAACAAAAGUAAUGAUUAAAUCGCGCUGAGCUGCGUUCCAAUAUUUAUAUAUAAAUAUGUGUGUCCACAGAAAAAAAGAAACAUUUUACUCUGUUGCAACAUGUUGCGAGAGUAUAAAAAUGAAAGAAAAGCAAUAUGGAAAAUUUAACGGAAGAACUCUGCACAUAUUGCAUACAUAUACAUACUAAUUUUUCAUUUGCGCCACAACUUGUUGCAUGCCACAUAUAUUUGCAACAUUUUGUUGCAAGUAAGAAACAACAAAAAAAGUGAGCAGCAAUAAAUUGCUACAACAACGAAUCAACGUACAACGUCAUAAACAACAACAACAACCGGCAACAAAGUGGCAAUUCAACACAGUCCGGAACAAAGCAUAUAUAACACCGCAAAUAUACAAGCAUAAUGCAGUAUUUACAUAACUACAAUCUGUAUUUGUACCUAUCGUUAACUUUUUGUAUUGUCUACUUCCUCCGCUCUCGCAAUUGUACUCAAGCAUUCAUAUAAUUAUUUAUGUGUAAAUGGAGGAUUUCUGCUAGCUUUUAACAAUUUCUACACUCAUAUAUAUUUUUGUUGUAAUUUUAAUUUAUGUCUUUACAACUAAACUUUUCAGAUUUUUGUCUAUUUUAUUUGUAUAUGUAUGUAAAAGUUUAAAAGUUUGAAAAUUUACAAUUUAUAUAAGUAAUACAUAAGUGCCUAUAUACAAAAAGAGUAUUUUUGCAACAACAUAAAACUGCGAUUAUAUCGAUAUUCGAUCAUUUAACAACAAAAAACUAACAAAAUAAAAUAUUAUAAUUAUGAUAAAGUACUAAUUAAGGCGAAGAAAGAAGUUUGUUGA